AAGCAAUUGUCAAAAUAGGAGAGGGAACGUUUUCUGAAGUUAUGAAGAUGCAGAGCCUGAGGGACGGAAGCUACUACGCGUGCAAGCAGAUGAAGCAGCACUUUGAAAGAAAUGGAAUAUUUCACAGAGAUGUAAAGCCAGAAAAUAUAUUAAUAAAGCAGGAUGUCCUGAAGUUAGGGGACUUUGGAUCCUGCCGGAGUGUCUAUUCCAAGCAGCCCUACACAGAGUACAUUUCUACCCGCUGGUACCGCGCCCCAGAGUGUCUCCUCACCGACGGCUUCUACACCUACAAAAUGGACCUGUGGAGCGCUGGCUGUGUGUUCUACGAGAUCGCCAGUCUGCAGCCCCUCUUCCCCGGAGCCAAUGAGCUGGACCAGAUCUCAAAAAUCCAUGACGUCAUUGGCACCCCUGCUGAGAAGACCCUCACCAAGUUCAAACAGUCGAGAGCUAUGAGUUUUGAUUUUCCUUUUAAAAAGGGAUCAGGAAUACCUCAAUUGACAGCCAAUCUGUCUUCGCAAUGCCUCUCCCUCCUGCAUGCAAUGGUGGCCUAUGAUCCUGAUGAGAGAAUCACUGCCCACCAGGCCCUGCAGCAUCCGUACUUCCAAGAACAGAGGGCGGCUGAGAAGCACGCUCUGGCCAGCCGCAGGAAAGCCUUCUUUCCAGAGCGCCCUGUGGCAUCGGAACUUCUCAGUAACAGUUGGCACACUUCAAAGGAGGACAGAAAGAAACAGUCCCUAAAGCCGGAGGAGGACCAUCCCAAGAGACCAGGACCGGCCUACCCAAUGCAACUGCCCAGACUGAAGCUUUCGGGAGGGACCAAACUGUCAUACUCCAGCCCCAUGCUGCAGUCCGUGUUCGGCCCGGGGGCCAACAGGAAAGUGCCGGUGCUCAGGCCCCUCAAGUGUGUUGGCGCCAACCAGAAGACGGAUGCGCAGAAGGACAGUAAGCCCAGCCUGAAGCAGUAUCGCCUGCCCACGAUCGAGAGGAAGGGCGGAGGAUACUGA